GAAACGACCAACCCGGAAAAAAGACAAGUCUUCUGUAAUCCGAUCACACAAACAAACAGGCGAGAGUGUGGGAGCCUGGUGCACGCCGGCAUUGUGUAAUGUACGCUGUUUAUAAAAGUUGUUAAAACUUUUUUUCUGCCAUGCUCCAAACCGUUUACCAAAGUCGAGUCUCUCCUCUCCGCUCCGGAGCCGUGCAGGGCGCUGGCUGUGGCGCACACUGACUCUCCACAGCGGUGAUAUGUGAUAGCUGCAGCAUGCCAUACUUGGACCGGCUGAACCGCGUAUGCGGCUUCCUGGACAUCGAGGAGAAGGAAAACAGCUGCCGCUUCCAGAGGCGAUACUUCAUCCUCGACACACAGGGAAAUGCUCUGCUGUGGUAUAUGGACAAUCCUCAGAACCUGCCCAGUGGAGCCAGCUUUGUUGGCAGCCUGAAACUAACCUAUAUCUCUAAGGUGAAUGAAGCAACCGCGAAGCAAAAGCCCAAGACAGAGUUUUGCUUUGUCAUCAACGCAGUUUCCCGGCGGUACUUCCUCCAAGCCAACGAUGUGACUGACAUGAGGGGCUGGGUGGCUGCUCUCAACAAGGCCAGCAAGAUCACUGUUCCUAAGUCUGGCCCUGCACCUCCAAGGUCCGACGUGACCGCAGUGAUUAGUGACACUCAGGGAGGGAAGCGACAACAGGCAUACAAGGCCGAGAUCAUCGGUGGCGUUGUCGUGCACACUCCCAUCCAGAAUGAGAGCGAAGAGGCAGACGGAAGAGAGAGGAAGGGCAAUAGGCCAGGCAUGCUGAGGUGCGGUUACUGUGUCAAACAGGGAAAUGUGAGGAAGAGCUGGAAAAGGAGGUUUUUCACCCUGGAUGACAAUGCAGUCAGUUACUACAAAUCGGACAUGGAUAAGGACCCUCUCCGAGCUAUUCCACUGAGGGACAUUCAGAAGGUCCAUGAAUGUCUCGUCAAGUCGGGGGAUCUCCUGCUGAGAGACAACCUGUUUGAGAUCAUCACCAGCUCCCGAACCUUCUACAUUCAGACAGACUCUCCAGAGGAGAUGCAUGGCUGGAUCAGGGACAUUGAGAUGAAGAUCCAGGACUUCAGAGGUCCCCCUAAGGGUUUUCCGCGCACAGCCUCUCUCUAUCGAAGUCACAAUGCCUCCUCAGCGUCUCGUGGUCAGCAGAGCGAUGAGCGCAGACCUCCGCUGGUCAAGUCCUGCUCCGUGGCUCCGGGCUGGCAGCCCUGGGUUCCCGUCCCACCGUGCGAACCCUCCAUCCUGGAUGCGGAUGAUGAAGACUGUGCUUUCAGCUCUAUGCCCACCCUGCCUUCUCUCUCCUCUUCCUCCACCUCCUCCUCCACUUCCUCCUCCUCCAACUCCCUCUCUAACCCGAACCCCUGCCCCAGCGUGCCUCAAAGCAGCGGACUGGGCAUCGUCACAGCAUCAGGAGAAGUGGCUUGUGGCCGUCGGAGGCACCGCUCGCAGCCUCAGCCUCACAGCGGCUGCAGCUACCCCUUCAGCCUGGACGAUGACAGCAUCCGCACCACAGACGUCUAGUUCAAUGAAGUCUGUCCAGACUCCUGUGUGGACUUAAGUGUUGGUACCUGCUUUAAAAUGAAUGUGACUGGUAAUAAUAGUAUUCCCUGCUAAUGAAGUGACACUGUGACCAUCUGCCUCAACGCCACGACACGAGAUUGGGGCCCCCGGCUGGUCUUGUAGCUGUAUUGCAAACGAAGGAUGCUGUCCAGCUGGAGGGGGACCAAGGGGUGCAAUGUUUGUUGUUCACAGGACUGUGAAAGAGUAUGAUGGAGUGUUUUUAGUGCAACUUCCUCUGAAAACUUGAAUAAUCUUGUUAAUAAUUGUCCAUGUAGACAAAUUAUGGCACAUGCUUUCAAUCUGUUGCACUUGGCUCCCAUCGGAGAUGUAACUGUCAUCAAAAACCAGUUUUCACGCCUGCUAGAAGUAUUCAAAAACAAGUGUUUAAAGGCAUUUUAACACAUUAGUAUCCAUAAUGUUUAUAUUCAAGCUUAUUUUCACUAAAUACUUUAAUAUAAUCUGUGUUUUUAGUUUCUUUUGAGCCCUGCAGUGUUUUCCCCCUCUUUAUUCCUGAGACACACAUUAUGUGACAACUUCACAUCAACUUACCGUCAUUUAAUAAUUAAGAAACAUUUUAUUACUAACAACUAAUCAGGUGUCUGGGGGAAAGUAUCCUGUUGGUCUCAUAAAAAAGGUACCAGUACAUGCACUUACAUGUCAACUGACUGAGGGCUCCUCUGUUGUUGUUGCCGGUGCAGACAGAUGAGAUGGAGUCAGCAGCAGCUUUUAUGUGUUUGCACUGUUUCAAACAGGAGCUCUUUUUAUACUUGGCUUAAGGAUCAACUGUCAGUAGACUGUGACUCCUUUUAAUAAAAGGAGUUCCGAAAUAAUACAGCAGUGUUUAGAUGGUACUUGUUAGUAGAAUGUACUGUCACCAUCAAAGUACAGCUGAUCAGCUGGUUGACAACUUUGUAAAUGUGAGUUUCUUAUUGCAGCAUAAAGUGGGGAAAAUGUGCCACUACUUCUGGUAAUUUAAUUGUAAUUCGGCACUUUGCUUUUCCUAUUUUUACUUUAAGUUUUUUGUCGCAGAUAUUACAGCUUCCUCUGAGAUGAUGCCUCUGAUACUUUGUGUUGUUACACCAGUAGUCUCAGCCCUUCUCAGGUUCACCUCAAGAUUUCAUUGAUGUGGUACCAUGUUCAUGCCUAUUUCCGUUUUCUGAAGCUGUGUGCACUCAUCUGCCUGCGUAUAAUGUUAAUUUUCUUUCUUGUACAUUAAAUGAUGCUUUUUA